AAAUCAAGUUACAAAAAAAAAAAAAAAAAAAAAAGAAGAGCCGUUCUCCCUCUAUUUUCUUCCUCUCCGAUCCAAUUUAUGGAUUCCUUAUAAUCGAAUUUAGGAUUCAUUUUCCUCCUCAAUCGUUCAAAAUUUUCCAAUUUUCUCCCAUUAAAUACUUGUGAACGGCAAUUCAAUUCUAUAUUUAUUUCCAUUCGGGCACCAACUGAUUUACAGAUUCACUUACAUUGCUAAUUGAUCUGUGUUUUAGAGGGCAGCCUGAUAAUUAUUUUAGGGUUUUCGACAAUGAUUUAAGUGAUUUUUUUCUAGUUUUAUUGAUUGAGAUUUUGGAUUUAAUGGCGUCGGCUCAGGUGCUGCGUAAGCAAGAGCAUUUGCAAGCUGGGAAAAAGAAGCUAGAGGAGUUUCGUAAACAGAGAGCAGCACAGAGGGCUAAAAAGUCUACUUCCAACAAUCAACCUCACAAUUCGGAUGGAGGCUUUGAGAAUCAACCUUUGGAAAAUGAACACACAAGAAUCACUGACUCUCGUGGGGCUGGUACAUCUGAUGCAGUUGGUAGAGCAUUUUUAGAGUUAUCUCGAUCAGAUGUUAAGCAUGAUUUCAUGAAUCCUGAUCUUGCCCAGAACAGUAGUUUAGCUUCUUCCUAUAAUGCUAAUGCUAGUUCAACUCAUACUUUAUACAACAAUGAUAAUGAUGUUAGUGCUUCUUCUACUGUUAGUGGAAACAAUAAUGGUUUUGAUUCUUCCAUCUCAGUGUCAUCUCAUUCGGGAGAUAAAGUGUUUAAGGGUGAUGAAAGCCCAAAGUUGUCUAAACAAUUCAGCAAUAGUUAUGAUUCCUCUGAGAAAACGGAGAACUAUGGAGCCUUAGGAUCUGUUGGAUCUGGAUUUAAUGCUAGUCAUUCUACAGCUAAUUUUCUUUCAUCAGCCCCCAGUUACAAUAAAAUUUCCAGUCAGUUUACUCAUGAUGGUCUGAGUAAAAGCAUAUCAGAGGAUAACAACAGAAAGGAUCUUUCUGUAAUAGAUAGUGGUACUUCUCAUUCUGCACCUUCUAAUGUUUCACCUGAAAAUUCCCUUGGUCCUCAACUGCAAGAAAAACCAGGUUAUAUGGAUCCUUGGGCUAGUGGGUUGACUUCCUCAUCAUAUGAAGAUUAUAAGCGCCCUGCAACCAGCAGUACAAAUUCUUCUUUGGAAGUUGGGCAAAAAGAAAGUGCCGUGGAAGCUAAUAGUUCUAUGGUUUCUGAUAUUGGGCAUGGCCAGUUUAGCAGCUCUGGUUUUUACAUGACCAACAAUUCAUCUUCUUGGGCAUCUGAUUCUAGAUACGAUGGCAUCAGUUCAGAAUCAAGAAGUUCUUCUAGUUAUUCACAAAUGUCUCCUCCCAUUGUUGGGAGGAGAUCUCGUCCAUCUUUCCUUGAUUCCAUCAGCAUUUCAAAAGUUCCUGCUAUAUCCCCUUCUCCAACUGAAUCAGUUUCUGCAGACAGAUUUGACCCGGAGGUUCAUCCCACGGACACUUUGGAAUCGUCCAACUCCAUGAACGUGAUGAACUCUUCAACUUUUUCUGCUAAGGGGUCUGAUAAGUUGAAUCAUCAUACUGAGAAAGACACGGGCAACAUGGACAACCAUUAUCAGUUUUAUGCAAAAAAACAGAAUGAAGAUUUUGCUGCUUUAGAACAGCAUAUUGAAGACUUAACGCAAGAGAAGUUCUCUUCGCAACGUGCUCUUGAGGCUUCGCGAGCUCUAGCAGAGUCUCUAGCUGCUGAAAAUUCAGCCCUGACAGAGAGUUAUAACCAACAGGGCAGUUUUGUAAGCCAAUUAAAGGCCGACAUAGAAAACUUGCAGGCAGAAAUUAAAGCACAACUGGUUGAGCUUGAAGCUUUGAAAAUGGAAUAUGCAAACGUACAAUUGGAAUGUAAUGCUGCAGAUGAACGUGCCAAGCUAUUGGCUUCUGAAGUGAUUGGAUUGGAAGAGAAGGCACUUCGUCUGAGAUCUAAUGAGCUUAAACUUGAGAGCGAAUUGGAGAAAUCACAAGCUGAAAUAUCUUCUUUCAGAAAGAAAAUGGCUAGCCUUGAAAAGGACCGUCAGGAUCUGUUGUCGACGAUUGAUGCUCUAAAAGACGAAAAGAAGCUGUUGCAGGCGAAACUACGAAAAGCUUCUGGUAGUGGCAAGUCACUUGAUGUUAGCAGGAGUAUGCCUAGUAAAAAAGAUGUAUCAACUUCAACAGAGGAUCUCCGUGAAGAUAAAGUCGUAAAUACUACCAUGGAUGACCCUAACUUAGAAGCCCACAGUACUGAGGGCCCAACCUUUUCAUAUCUGCCUGAGAAUGAUCAGCUCAGUCUUGAAAGUUUAUCAACGGCAAUUCCUCCAGAUCAGAUAAGGAUGAUCCAAAACAUCAAUACAUUGGUUUCUGAGUUAGCCUUGGAGAAAGAAGAGUUGAUGAAAGCCUUGUCACUGGAAUCAUCUCAAUGCUCUAAAUUGCAGGAGUUAAACAAGGACUUGACCCGAAAGCUUGAAACUCAAACACAAAGAUUAGAGCUUUUGACCGCUCAAAGCAUGGCAACUGGGAACAACCAAGCAAGGCAACCAGAUGCUCUAUCCAUCCACGACACCACCAUGUAUUCUGAUGAAGGUGAUGAGAUGGUGGAACGAGUCUUGGGAUGGAUCAUAAAGCUAUUUCCUGGAGGACCAUCAAGGCGGAGAACCAGCAAGCUUAUUUAGUUUCCAUGAUGGAGUUCGACGAGUGUUAUCCAUCAAAAGUUCAUCUUUUCUCCUCUGCGCCUUGUAUUUUUUUGUGGCCUGAUGGAGAUGGUUUAUGUGUACUAUUAAUGGUUCAUAGUCCCAUUUUUUCCCCAGAAGAAGCAAAUUGCUUCUAGGAGGCAUUUUAGAAGAUGUGAUAUUGAUAAUUUUACAGAUUUGGCAACAGAGCAGAACCUUUGUUCCAUUGUUUACACCUACCGAACAUCGAAUCGGAGACUGGAGAUGAGAAAUUGCUACAGAAAAAGUUAGAGAAUGAUGAAAAACUACUAUGAAGAAACUCAAGAUGAAGUUUGUUAAUAUUAUAUUUAGGUGAUGGUUUUACUUGUGAAUUAAUAGGGAAAAGGAGGAAAAGGAUCAAAAUGAUUCUUCCUUCUUUUUUUUUUUUUUU